AUGGCGACUGGUGGUCAGAAGCCCCAGUGCUGUAUCCCCCGUCCCCUAACAAUUCACUGCAGCCAUGCAGGUGCCGCUGAUCUCUGGGUGCUGCUUUCUGGGUUGGGCCUGGAGAAAAAGGACCUGAAGAGGUUCCUGUACAAGAAGCUGCCGAGCGUUGAAGGUCUUCAUGCUAUUGUGGUGUCAGAUAGAGAUGGUGUGCCUGUUAUCAAAGUUGCCAACGAUAACGCUCCAGAACAUGCACUGCGACCUGGCUUUCUCUCCACCUUUGCCCUUGCCACAGAUCAGGGCAGUAAACUAGGACUUUCUAAAAACAAAAGUAUCAUCUGCUAUUACAAUACGUACCAAGUGGUGCAGUUCAAUCGCUUACCUUUGGUAGUAAGUUUCAUUGCUAGCAGCAAUGCCAACACCGGGCUGAUUGUAAGUUUAGAGAAGGAGCUUACACCCCUCUUUGAAGAACUGAGGCAGGUUGUUGAAGUUUCUUAACCUGGUGGUAUAGCCAGAGUGCAGCAUCCCUCUGCAGCCCAGUGGACAGAAAGAUUCAAUAAUCCUCAGUCAAAUAACACGUCUCCGAAGAAAUACCACAGCUCCUUAGUAUACUAAGUAAGAGUAAAUUGUACAUAGUACUGAAUCUGAAAUGAUCUACUAGUGUGUUGUAGGUGGAUGUUACUUUAGGCCAUGCUUCUUGUAUCGUGCAGUACUGGAGAGACCACCAAAAUAGCUCCCAUGGAGUUUAGCUCAGCUGGCUGAGCCCUAUCAGCAUCAUGCUGUUGGCUCAGAUGAGCAACCUGCAGAUCUCUUGCUGUACAGGGAACCGGGUACGCGGUGGGGCAUAUCCUCAGACCAGCUAGCACGGCGUAUUGGAAAGCAGAUUGGGUGUAUAGCGUUAUCAUA